UUCAACUAAGCGAAAGAGGAAAUCAAAUACUCCUAGUCUAAAGGCGAUUCUGUGCUUUGUGAAGCAGAAGUGAUUUGUGGGACAAGGUCACUUAGAGUCACUGUCCUUGCUUUGUUUUAUGAAUCAGUUAAAAGGAGAACGAAGACUAAAAAAUCGAAAAAAAAAACACAACAACAAUAACAACAAAUUGGACAAAAUUAAUAAAACCACAAACCCAUCAAAAAUUGAUGCAAUUUGCACCCAGAAUGUAUGGAAGUUAAUUUUUAUGCUUGAUUUUAGUAUAUUUAGGACCAGUAAAGGGGAUUUCCCAUAGAAAGUCUAUUAAACGUGUGAAUCAACAGUCAGAUGUUGAGUUUGUACCGCUUGUGGAUAAAUAACAAACAUUAGGACAUAUUGAACACUAUUUUGUCACUAGCAGCGCAAAAAGUAAGUCAAGUGUUAGAAAAAAAGUACUCAGUCUGCAUGGUCUGCAUGGUCUGCACAGUCUGGAGUCCACAGUCUGCAGUCUGCAUGGUCUGCGUUUUGGGGUGACCGGAUUCAGCCUCCUGCAUGGUGGUCCUGGGAAUUUAGUUAGAUACAGCAGCUCAGAUUGCACUCUUUCCAACUGAUAAGUUUUCUGCUUUGCAAGAAACUCUCUCCCAUUGGUCAACCCACAAAUGCUGUACUAAAAAAGAUCUUUAAUCAUUGAUUGGUCGGUUGCAUCAUCCCUGCAUGGUGGUUUGGCCAGGUCACACCUUUCUUUGCCAGAUGACUUAUUUAUUGUCCUAUUUGCACAAUGAUUCUCAUCCAAUACAUCUUGUCUUGCUUCAAUUUUCAGGCCUUUCAUUCCUAAGCGCCACAUGCCAAGUUUCCAGUUCUCAUCCCUCAUCAGCUCUUAGCUCAGCUUUCCAUAGUAAUCUAGAAGCUUGCUGCCUUUUGUUCAUGUACCAAGUUCUUGCUGCUUCAAUGCACGGCACCUAUUCUUGUGCUCAGAAAAAGUUUGUAAAUUUCUGUGUCAUGACUGGACAUCUGAGCCUCUAUGGUUCUCCAUGCCCAGCCUCUGAAUGGACCCUUUGGCUUCUUGCCACAUACCUGGCCGACUCCCAGAGACACUCUUCUAUUAAAGUGUUCCUAUCUGUAGUGCGGUCUCUUGAUGUCAAUCAAGGAUUCCCUGAGAGCUGCCCUCUGCUUCAUAGAGCUGUUAGAGGAAUCAAGCAUUCCCAGGGUGCCUUACUUUCCAAGCCACGCCUACCAGUUUCAAGUAACAUUCUUUGCAUUAUUUACUCCGCCCUUGAUCUCAAUUCUUUUGACGAUGUUAUGUUCUGGGCCGCCUGUCUAUUGGCUUAUUUUGCUUUUUUGCGGUCUGCCGAGUUCACUGUCCCCAGCUUAUCAGCCUUCAACCCGAGCCUCCAUUUGUCGAUGUCUGAUGUUUCUGUAGACGUUCUUCUCGAUCCAUCUUGCCUUCAAGUUUUUAUCAAAGCUUUCAAAACCGACCCCUUUCAAAAAGGGUGUAACGUUUUUAUUGGACUGGGCUUGCUGCCUUUGUGCACUGUCCAAGCUGUUGUCUCUUACUUGGGGCACCGUGGUCACCAUCCUCGCCCUUUGUUCCUUUUAGAAAAUGGUCGACUGCUAACUCGCUCACUGGUCACAAACAGGUUAAGAGCCAUUCUCCUUUCUGUGAUUUUUCCAGUCACAGUUUCCAACUUGGGGCAGCCACUUCCGCAGCGAGGGCUGGUGUUCCAGAUCACCUGAUCCAAUUCCAGGGCUGGUGGAAAAGUGUUGCUUACAAACAAUAUAUUAGAACCCCACCUGAUCUUAUAACUCGCACAGCCAAAUCAUUGGUGGAAUAGCUUGGUGAGUGCCAUUUAAUUUAGUUGCUCUGCAAAUUUUUUGUUUCUUGCUUCCAGUAGCAUAUUUGCUUGUUGGUUGGUAGCCUGGUUUUGUUUUUUGUUGUCUG